CCACUGCCGUAACACGUGCAGGGUACCCCAGAACGGACACUCCCCCAGUCGUGACGUGAGGCGGGGGGAGGGGCGGUCCUCGCUGCCCAAGUUUGGCUCACGAGUGACGUCUGAGCACACGUGACCGGGCUAGAGGAGCAACGUAGAAAUGGAGGCGGCCGGUGUGGGCUGCGCUGCCGCGAGUGACAUGGGCUCAUUAGUUGCCAAUACAAAUGGAUCAGCAAAAAAAAUCUUCAGAGCAAGAAAGACUAUGUCUGCAAGCUGUCGACAGCAAAUGUCUGUCCUUAAUAAAAUAAAACAUUCGUCUAAAGUGGAGAGCGUUGUUUCUGAAACUGUCCAAGAUGGUGACUUAAUGUGUAUUGCACAAGAUAACUCUAACAAUAUUUUUUCUAAUGGCCUAAAAGUUUCUAUAGAGGUUUCACAAGUUGACUCUGAGUUUAACAUAGGGUGCUCUUACAAUGAAACAUGGAAAGAGAUUACCAAACAAUCUGAAGAUAGAUCUUCUGUCCUUUUAGCUCCUGUUAAGGGCUCUAUUCAUUUUUCUCAUAGUGCACAUUUUCAAGUAAAGGAAACCAGCAAUGCUGUAGUGGAACCUGAUCUUGAUGGCUUAAAUCAAGUCACAUCACCACCAAAUAGUGGAAACCAGAUUUUAAGAGAGAAGGCAGUGCAAACCUCCGGGAACAGCACUGAGCAAGACUUCAAAACAGACUUUCAGCAAUCAAACUUUGGUGAAUGCUCUACUAUUUCUGAAAAUUUGAAUGCAUCAAUAACACUAAAAAUAGUGUCUGAAGACAAGUCUUUAGCGAAGCCUUCAUCCAUGGGCCUAGUGACACCAGUGAGUGUGCUACCUGCAGCUUCCAGCAACUCAGUAAUCCCAAGCAAUGAGCGUGAUGCCUCCUGUAGCACUGGUACUUCUGUAGCACCUGCUUGUAUAGUGAACUCAACUACAGAUACUGAUACUGGUGGCUGCGAAAGGAAAAGACCUCUUUCAGAUAACAAUGAUGUUCCCGAAAGAAAACGUGCCAAAACAUCAAACAAAGUCCUAUUAAAUGAGAUUCAAUGUCUAAUUGAUAGUCGAAUGCAAAAUUUCUUCAAGGAAACGUUUGAACAAAGAAUGCAAGAUUUAACCCAACAAGUCAACCUGAUACAGUGCAAUGGAAACCAUGCUGACAAAAUUGCCAGACACCUUAGAAAUAUAAAGAAACUGGAGAAACACAUUAAAUACGCAAUAGAAGUUCAGAAUACUGUGGGCAAUGGGUCCAGUAGAUUGCCAUCUGUCAGUUUUGCCUGUGAUGAGCUUCCUACAACAGAGACAACACCUAGUGUUUCUAAUAUCACUCCAUCUGCGGAAUCUGAAAUACCUCCCUCAAGAAAGCCUUCUACACAAAGUGUGGACACUAACCGCAUGGAGCUUGUAGUACUUAGUGACCAUGAAUCUGGACAGCAGAGCAAAGCAGAACAAAGCGCAACAGACGGUCCAUGCAUUUCUUCUAAAAAAGUGGACAAUGCAGCUGAUACCACUGGGGCAGUGCAGUCACCAGAAGUCGCUGUCAGAAAUGGACUGAGGAUACAAGCUAUGCGCAAAAUUAUGGAAUCUAUAAAGGAACACAGAAGUAAAGCACAAUCUUCAAUAACAGAUAAACAAGCCAAGACGGUAAUUGAUCUAACAGAUGAUGAGGAGCAAAGAUCAGAUAAAGAUUUAAAAUUGGAUGACAAAUGUUCACCCCCACAUGAAAAACUAUCCACACCACCAGUGCCGACUCCGGAGACUGUUACGGUUGAAAAAGUUCCUGAUAAGGAUGUUGAGAAGAGAGAAGAAGUUUCUAUAAACAAUAAAAAUGAAGUUUCUAGUAGUUAUGACACAGAAGAGAGAAGGCAGCCAAUUCCGAAAUCCCCCAAAUCAAAGAAACCUCGUGACUCAAUGUCCUUGACGAAGACCCCACUGAAACCAGAAGCUGGAAUGCUGAAGCUGCCACAAAAGCCUGAACUUAGACUUGCUCAAGUCCAAAAUCCUAAAGGCAUUGCCCUGUCAUGGAACGUCAGCAGUGUUGACCCUAGCUGCUCCCCCGCUAUAGCCUAUUGUUUGUAUGUUCACCAAGAGGAUCCAAACAGCUCCAAAAAACUGUGGAAAAAGAUAGGUGAAAUCAAGGCAUUGCCCUUACCAAUGGCUUGUACACUAACACAGUUUGUGGAUGACACAACAUAUUAUUUUGCUAUGAGAGCCAAAGAUGCCAGUGGACGCUUUGGACCACUUUGUGAUAUACAGUCAACUACGGUAAAACCUGUAAGCGCCCCAAAGAAAAUAUAGCUGGUCUGCUUUUAUAA